AUGUGUACUGAUACUACCUCCUCGGCAGCCACUGAAUCCGUCUAUGACCUCUUUGUCAACGACUCGACGCCUUGCGAUGUUUGUGAGAAGCUAAUCGCUUAUCUAAGGGCAGUUUCUAGCAAGGCCUCUCGUCCCUGUGGAACAAUCAUCCGAGCGACUACUAAGCCUGGUAGCUCAGCUCUCUCUGCUGCCUUUGCUCAACGACUACCUGUGUAUGCUAGCCAGAAUAGGGAGGAUGCCUUUGAGGGGGCCCUCAAGGCUCUAAAAGCAAUCGCUGAGGACUCUGGUUUUGGCGCUCUUCUUAUUCCGGAGGGCGGCGAGGCUUUGAAAUGGGUUGAAUGGUGCCUUAAUGAGAGUGAGGGAGCCUUCAAGCUGAGUAAGGAGGGCGUGGAGAAGCUGGACAAGGCCCUUGAGGAUAGGGUGUUCUUGCUUGGGGGCAGCAACAUAACGCUUGCGGACUUCGUAGUUGCCCAUGCGGCGGAGCGAUGGGUUUCUAAGGCCUCUCAGAAGGAGCUCGCCCAGCACUGCAACAUAACUAGAUGGUAUCAUCAUAUAAGCACUCUGCCGGGCAGUCCUUACCCUGAGAGCGUUGUAGACCUCCAUGCUGUGUCUAGGGCCUAUACUAACCUUCAUAAGGGAGAUGCUGUUGUUGGUGGGGGCAAGGGGGGCAAGGGGUCUCCUAAGAAGGGAGGAGAGGCAACUGGUGAGGAAGCGGCUAAGAAGAAGGCUGAGAGGAAGGCCAAGAACAAGGAGAAACAGGCUAAGGCUCAGAAGGAGACUCGACCGGUGGAGGACGUGAGCCGAUUGAAUAUGAUUGUUGGCAAGAUCAACAAGGUAUGGGAGCAUCCCGAUGCUGAGAAGUUGUGGUGUGAGGAGAUCGACUGUGGCGAACCUUCUGGUCCUCGCCAAAUCGCAUCAGGUCUUCGUGACUUCUAUAAGGAAGCAUCGGACCUCGAGGGCCGUAAGGUUGUCAUUCUUGCUAAUCUUAAGCCGCGUCCUCUACGCGGAUUCGUCUCCCAUGGCAUGGUCAUGUGUGCAUCUACGAAUGACCAUAGUCAGGUAGAAGUCCUGGACGUGCCCAAGGACGCUAAGCCUGGUGACCGCAUCUCGAUCCCUGGUUUCGAUGGUGAGCCCGAUGAAGUCCUCCAUCCUAAACACAAUCCCUUCGAUGCGGUUAAGGGUGACUUGAAAACUGUUAAGAAGGAGGAUGGUCUUAUUGUGGCCACUUAUAAGGGCAAGGCGUUCACCCUCCCUAGUGGUGAAGUCGUGACUGCUCCUGGCCUGGCUGAUUGUGAGAUCUCCUAAGCGUUGAGCUUGUCUAUGGUGACGAGUGGCUGAUCGAAUUUACAAGAUUCACAAACACUGUAUCAGUAGU